AUGGGUGAAGAUCUGACCUUCCCAGUAUUAGGAGACUUAGCUCAAGGUGUGGGGUUCUCGGCUGCCAUCCGUGCUGGAGCACUGGCCUUUCCUCGUGCCACAGCUUCUGCCCUCUGCCUGCUGGUGCCCAUUCCACUCGCCCUGCAGUUAUUACAGGCCAAAGCAGUUUCAACACUGCCCUCAUGCCAGUCUUUGCCCUUCAGCAGCGCUGCCUUGUCCUCAGAACUGAUGCACAUCUCACCUAAACCAGGGCCGCCGGCGGGGGAACCAGGCGGCCCCAGUUAUGCGCAAGCGCGUACUCUGGCGCUGCAGCCUGACCCCCUGCGCCACGCGCAGGCGCAACGGGGGCUCAAAGGCAGCGCGUCGGAAGAACACCCAACACCGCGGGUGUGCGCCCGCAAGCCUGUUCCCUGCUCGCCGCAACCCCGGAGGCCUGGCUCAGAUUAUAGUUCGCAUCACCCACGUCAGCAGUCUAACACGUGCUUUUUUUUGGAAUGUCAUCACUGCAGGCCCCCCGCGACCCACCCGGCUCCAGGGCCGACCCACCAGGGCCCCGCACAGACAACACUCACCCAGCCAGCCUCACAGCUCCGGAAAGACCGAGUCAGGGCCUCCGGCUUCUACUUAAAGGAGAUUUUUGGAAGUCCCAGCACAGUGACACUUCCUGAAACCUUGUUGUUUGUGUCAACUCUGGAUGGAAGUUUGCAUGCUGUCAGCAAGAGGACAGGCUCAAUCAAAUGGACUUUAAAAGAAGAUCCUGUUCUGCAGGUUCCAACACAUGUGGAAGAGCCUGCUUUCCUCCCAGAUCCCAAUGAUGGCAGCCUGUAUACGCUUGGGGGCAAGAAUAAUGAAGGCCUGACGAAACUUCCUUUUACCAUCCCGGAGUUGGUACAGGCAUCCCCAUGCCGAAGUUCAGAUGGAAUUCUCUACAUGGGUAAAAAGCAGGACAUUUGGUACGUUAUCGAUCUUCUGACUGGGGAGAAGCAGCAGACUUUGUCAUCGGCCUUUGCAGACAGUCUCUGCCCAUCAACCUCUUUGCUGUAUCUUGGGCGAACAGAGUACACCAUCACCAUGUAUGACACCAAAACCCGAGAGCUCCGGUGGAACGCCACCUACUUUGACUACGCAGCCUCGCUGCCUGAGGACGACGGGGACUACAAGAUGUCUCACUUUGUGUCCAACGGCGAUGGGCUGGUGGUGACCGUGGACAGUGAAUCUGGCGACGUCCUGUGGAUCCAAAACUACGCUUCCCCCGUGGUGGCCUUUUACGUCUGGCAGCGGGAGGGUCUGAAGAAGGUGAUGCACAUCAACGUCGCCGUGGAGACCCUGCGCUACCUGACCUUCAUGUCUGGGGAGGUGGGCCGCAUCACCAAGUGGAAGUACCCGUUCCCCAAGGAGACGGAGGCCAAGAGCAAGCUGACGCCCACCCUGUAUGUUGGGAAAUACUCUACCAGCCUGUAUGCCUCCCCCUCCAUGGUUCACGAGGGGGUUGCCGUUGUGCCCCGAGGCAGUACUCUUCCUUUGCUGGAAGGCCCCCAGACCGAUGGGGUCACCAUUGGGGACAAAGGGGAAUGUGUGAUCACACCCAGCACAGACCUCAAGUUUGACCCUGGGCUCAAAGGCAAGAACAAGCUCAACUACCUGAGGAACUCCUGGCUUCUGAUAGGACACCAUGAAACCCCCUUGUCUGCGUCUACCAAAAUGCUGGAGAGAUUCCCCAACAAUCUGCCCAAACAUCGGGAAAACGUGAUUCCUGCCGAUUCAGAGAAGAAGAGCUUUGAGGAAGUUAUCAACCUGGUUGACCAGACUUCAGAAAACGCGCCUACCACCAUCUCACAGGAUGUGGAAGAGAAAUACGAGCAUGCCCCUGCCAAGCCCGAGGCCCCCGUGGACUCCGUGCUCAAGGACAUUGCCACCAUCAUCCUGAGCACCUUCCUGCUCAUCGGCUGGGUGGCCUUCAUCAUCACCUACCCCUUGAGCAUGCAUCAGCAGCAGCAGCUCCAGCACCAGCAGUUCCAGAAGGAACUAGAGAAAAUCCAGCUCCUGCAGCAGCAGCAGCUGCCCUUCCAUCCACCUGGAGACGUGGCUCAAGAUGCUGAGCUCUUGGACUCGUCUGGCCUGUACUCUGAGAGCUCAGGCACCAGCAGCCCCAGCACGUCCCCCAGAGCCUCCAACCACUCGCUCCACUCCAGUGGCUCAGCCUCCAAGGCUGGUGCCAGCCCCUUCCUGGAGCAGGAUGAUGUGGAUGAGGAAACCAGCAUGGUGAUAGUUGGGAAAAUUUCAUUCUGUCCCAAGGACGUGCUGGGUCAUGGAGCUGAGGGCACGAUUGUGUACCGGGGCAUGUUUGACAACCGCGACGUGGCCGUCAAGAGGAUCCUCCCCGAGUGUUUCAGUUUCGCGGACCGGGAAGUCCAGCUGCUUCGAGAAUCGGAUGAGCACCCCAACGUGAUCCGUUACUUCUGCACGGAGAGGGACCGGCAGUUCCAGUACAUUGCCAUCGAGCUGUGUGCGGCCACCCUGCAGGAGUACGUGGAGCAGAAGGACUUUGCCCACCUCGGCCUGGAGCCCAUCACCUUGUUGCAACAGACCACCUCAGGCCUAGCCCAUCUGCACUCCCUCAACAUUGUUCACAGAGACCUGAAGCCCCACAACAUUCUCCUCUCCAUGCCCAAUGCACAUGGCAGGAUCAAGGCCAUGAUCUCGGACUUCGGCCUCUGCAAGAAGCUGGCGGUCGGCAGGCACAGUUUCAGCCGCCGCUCAGGAGUGCCGGGCACAGAAGGCUGGAUUGCUCCAGAGAUGCUGAGCGAAGACUGCAAGGACAACCCGACCUACACGGUGGACAUCUUCUCUGCGGGCUGUGUCUUUUACUACGUGAUAUCAGAGGGCAGCCACCCUUUUGGCAAGUCCCUGCAGCGGCAGGCCAACAUCCUCCUGGGUGCCUACAGCCUCGACUGCUUGCACCCCGAGAAGCACGAGGAUGUCAUUGCCCGGGAAUUAAUAGAGAAGAUGAUCGCAAUGGAUCCUCAGAAACGCCCUUCGGCGAAGCACGUGCUGAAACACCCAUUCUUCUGGAGCCUGGAAAAGCAGCUCCAGUUCUUUCAGGAUGUGAGUGACCGAAUAGAGAAGGAGUCCCUGGACGGCCCGAUAGUGAAGCAGCUGGAGCGAGGCGGGAGAGCUGUGGUGAAGAUGGACUGGAGGGAGAACAUCACUGUCCCCCUGCAGACAGAUUUGCGGAAAUUCAGAACCUAUAAAGGUGGCUCCGUCCGAGACCUCCUCCGAGCCAUGAGAAACAAGAAGCAUCACUACCGGGAGCUGCCCGUGGAGGUGCGGGAGACGCUGGGCUCCCUCCCCGACGACUUCGUGCGUUACUUCACGUCCCGCUUCCCCCACCUCCUGUCCCACACCUACCGGGCCAUGGAGCCGUGCAGCCACGAGCGGCUCUUCCAGCCCUACUACUUCCACGAGCCCCCAGAGCCCCGGCCUCCAGUGACUCCAGACACCCUUUGAGCCAGGGUGGCCCUCCGUUCUGGUGGCCCCAGCUGUGACUGAGGGCCUGGUCUCUACAAGUCCAAGCCUGACACCUCCCGGCUUAGCAGGGAGACCAGGCUCCCAAACCAAGUGCCUUGAGCUGCCACUCUGCAGCCAGCGGGAUGAUGCCAACCCCAGGAAGCGGGAACCGUGACCCCUUCUGACCUGUAGGGAGCUGGGAAGAUGUUGGCCACGAAAGCUUUAUAGUCGGGAGUCCUCUGCCAGGGAGGGCCCAUCCCAGAGGCAGUGACAGAAGCAUCCUCCGCCUUCUCCUGGACGCACUUGCUUCAGACCUACACUUUUUUUUUUUUUUUUAAACUUCCUGUUUGAUGUCAGCCUGUGGGCCUAUAAGGAAGAGAGAGGAGGGAAUCCUGCAUUUUGCCUGCAUGCGGGACCAGGAGCAUCUAUGUCCUCAGCCAGCCAAGCUGAGAGACACUAAGUGCAGCCUCUGCUCGAAGUGGGGCUCCAGAGGUGAGAGGUGUUGAGGAGGAAGAAGUCAUUCGGAGGGUGUCGUUCCUGGGGAUCGGAGAUGCCUCACUCAUCACGAACGCGCCCCGAGUUUCCCAGGUCUUUAUAACCAGUGUUCCUUGGGGGCAGCGAGAGUCUUGAGUGCGAGGCGCAGCAUUGGGACAGGUCAGCACCGCACACUGGAAGACGAGGCCGUGUCCACAGAUCUCUUAGAAACGAAGAGGACGCUCUGUCCUGAGCCGCAGUAGCCCAGUGCAUCGGUGGCCUUUGGUGGAUUUGGGAGAUGUUUAGGAGCAUUUGGGGCAAGACGUGAGAAGUUCCAGAUCAAGAAGAGCGGCACCCAGGCAGGAACGGGCCUUUGGGACCAGAGGGGAGCAGACCAGAUGGGACACUCAUGGCCACCCUGGGGAGUCCUGGGCCAGCAAGUGGGCAAUGAGGCUCCUCCGUCCCUGGAGCCAGCAGGAUGGGCCGGGGGGCCGGCAGUGGAGGCCAGGGUCACCAUGUGUUUCGUGGGCAGGCUUUUGUGUUUCUCUUGGCAGAUUUUUAAUAACUCUAUAUUUUGAUCAUACUGUAGAAGGCUGCAUUAGCAUAAGUAAGCUGAACUUGAGGCUUACUUGUGAAGAAGAUAAAUGCAGGAUACGUAAUACACUUUCUAUUUUGUGUGGUACCAAAGGUCUCCAUCCCCUCCAGAAAGAGCGUUCAUGUUCAGAACAUGCCGUAAUGCUGAAGAGUAAAACAUUAUAGCAAGGCUAUAUACAUCCAUUAAACAACUUCAAAGUAAUAUUUCCUAAAUUAUGUCAAUACCAUCUUUUUUUGCUAAAAUUAGUAUAGUUUUUAACUUUAGUUUCAGUUAAAAUUCCUGUCUUUUCUCUAUCGAGAGCCUUAGCAGUUAAAUGUGAUCAGGGUACAGUGUAGAGAUGUCCCCCGUGUCCUUUCUCCAGCCGGGGGAGUGGAUCACCGCACUUCAUUCAGUGCUGGCGAGCUCGGAGAUGCCACUCAGGAGUAAGGGUGUUACUGACUGACCGAGAACUCCCUGUUUCUUCUUCUGUGAGAUGCUUCCUGGUGGUGGACUUGACUGAGGGCCAUUCAUCAAAAACUCUCCUUCUGUCUUCAUAGAAUUCAGUUCCCUUCCUUUCAUAAUGUCUGGAGUCACUUUUUUUCUUAAAUUCACAUUAUCCUAUGUCUACACUAUCCUCCGUCUUCAUCGGUAACCUCAUCUAGACCUUGGGACCCUGGUGUUUUUGGCUGGCAUCUUAGAAUCUUCUGCCACACCCUCCGCUUUUCAGGAACAUGGCCAGAUGCCUGUCCUCUCCCCUCUCUGCUGCAUCCACGCCAUUGUCCCUAAGGCUCUGUGGUCACUUUGCUGCCUGGCCUGAGUGGUGACGUCCCCCUUCCCCUCCGGCAAUCAGGUAGAGAACGUGCACCAGUGAUGGGCAGGCUGUCAGAUCUCUGCACUACUUCCAUCUCGUGGCCGAACAGUGUCCUUGGGGGAAUAGCCAGGUCACUUCUGGCCACCAAGCGUUUGUGUCCUCUCACUGUACAGGCCCAGCUUGUCUCCAGGAAAACUUUUUUAAAUGCCUUUUCUUGUUUCUAACCACCCACCUUCUCAAACUCACGUAUUCGAUGUAUUUGAUAUUGAGUACUCACGGUGUGAGCCAGGCCGGAUCCCAGGGGCUGGGGACGCAGAGGUGAACGAGAUAGAGGCAAAACCUCUGCUUUCGUGAGCACGUAGAGGGAGAGACAUGAAAAACAGUAAAGAUCAGUGCUCCGGGAAAAGCUGUCCUCCGUCAGCCUUCUCGCCAACACUUUCAGGAACCUGGUCACUCCUCAGUCCCUCAGGUGGUUUGAAGAGGUCUCACGUGGACCCUUGUCAUAAAAACGGCUCGGGCAUCCUGCCCCAUCGCACUCUCGUCUCUAGAAUCCUGGUUUCCUGUUGUGCUCUGCAGCCUGAGAAGGUGUCAGUCCUUUGCUAGAACAGAGCUCCGCAGCCUCGUGCAUCCUGUCAUGGCGGAGCUGUUUGAUCUUUAGCACGAUUCCUGGAAGGCUGUUUAACUUUUUAGAAGUAGACUACCUUCAUUUUUAUGACAGAAUUUAGUCACAUCUGUUGGGAAUCCCAGGGACGCUCUCAUUAAAUCCUGUGCUGAAUCUGUCUUUGGCCCGCCUGCCAGAAUUUCUCUCGUUGCUUCUUAAGUCUUUCUAAUUGCAGUUCACUGAGAGCUCACCUGUCACUAGGGCAUCAGAGCACUUGCACUUUGGGGGAUCAUUGGUGUCCGUGGGAAGUCACUAAACCGUCUGGUGGCAGAUCUAAAACCCUGGGUGCAGAGGGGCUCCCUGCCUCGCGUGCCAUAGCCGUCCUAGGCUCUUUCCCGUGAGACCUCACUCUGACCCAUUACACGUAUUGGAAGAUCCACAGGUUAGUGGGCCAGCAAAGUAUUUUCUUUCGACCAACUCUAGAAGAAAGGUCUUGAUCAGAAUCAACUUUUGGUAAGAUUUUGUGUGAAUGUGAUUUGUUGACCAUUGCAGUUCUUUCUCACUGCAGUGAAAGAUGUGUUGGCUGCUGAUCUGACCUCUCGAAGAUGUGGGGGGGCUUCUGGGUUGUAGGCCUUUCUCGUCUUGGUCGCUGUCUCUUCAGAAGUUGGACUUCGGCCACGUUUGGGUUUCCUGAGUCUGCUCUCGUUCUCCCACCCUGUGUAUUGGGUCUGCAGCCUGGAGGUCCUUGCGGAAGGUAGGCUGGUUCUCUCCACUGCCUCCUGGCCACAAGAGCUGGAAGAGAGAACACAGUGGACCUGUAAAGAGUCUCUUCACAUUCUCUUUAAUGUUGUCUCUGCUCAUUUAGUGUCUAAACUCCCUUUUCUUCAUGCAUCCCAGUGUCUUCUCCUUGCUGAUUCCUUCACCAUCCUGGAGCCGUCCUUGUAGCCGAGUCUGGCCCGGCAUUGGCCUUUCCUGGAGAAAAGUCACUGGGUGUCCCACACAGAUGAGCCAAAAUUCCACCUUCCAAGGCUGGACCAUGAUCUUUUAAACCAAAGUGUCUCCUCAUCCUGUACUUUGUUUUCUUGAUGAAACCGUGAUCUCCCCCAUGAGUAACCCUGGUUCCAGUUUUUUGUAUCUGCGCGUGAAUCCUUCCUGUAUUCAUUGGACAACCACAAAGAACGCAUCUGCAGUGAGCCUCGCCCUGGGGCAGCCUUAACCUCCACUUCCAGCCAAAGUCCCCAUCCCACUCGCCUCAGCCUAUGCUCUGUGUGUUUGGCGGGUACAGUGUUCCUUUUCAGUAUCCCAAAAGCUGUGACGGGGGCGUCCCCACUUACCUAGAAAGCAUUACCAGUCAACCAUGCGGCAUUCUCAAAUGCAAACCUUACGUAGUGUUCUUUUUGCGAUGACCUAUUUAUUUAACCUAUUUAUAUUUAUUUAAUUUUUACUCUGAAGUAUAUCCAGCUAUAAUUGCACUUGCUUUUAAAGCACAUCGGAUUUGUUUUGGACAACACACCCCUGACCAUUCUAAAACUGGAAAAGGAAAAGUUAUACUGUAUCCUUCCGUGGGAUGGACGCCUCACAGUAGUUUUAUCACUGAAGGGUGAAAAUUUUGGUCAGGGUAAAAAUUUUCAUUUUUGAGUGAUUUUUUUUUUUUUUAAUUCUGUGCCAUUGUGUCUUCUCUGUGGACAGUUGUUUAAUGGGUAUCUGUUAAUUGUGUGAUAGAAUCCUCUCUGUGAACCUACAAUCCUCUUUUUAGCUUUAUAUUUUAUAAACUGCCAGAUUGUACAAUUUUUAUGUGUAUUUUUAAAGCUUGAUGUGAGGGUAAUUAUCUAAGUUAAACAGCCUAUUUUUGUACUUCCUGUACAGUUUUAUAAUUCUGCUGGAUGAUAGCGUCUUAUGUGGCGCCAACCACAAAUAAAGGUAGUUUUAGACCUGGAA